GCCAAUAAGCCCAUUCGGUGUGUACAACCAUACCAACUGACUUACUGGAAGAAGAGCAUAGUAAAGUACGAAAGUCGCGACAAGUGUUCAGUCUUGGCGCACGCUUGGUUCGCUCAACAACAACGUGAUACAAGCGAGUAAACGUGACUCAAAGUAAGGAUAAAGUGCUGAGAAACUUGAGUAAAGAUAUUUGAAAUAGUGUUUUAUCUUGAGAAAUUUUAAGAAAAAAAAAAAAUGUCAAAAUUAAGGCUGGUGCUUAUUGGACUGAUUGUGACGGCCUUGGCGAUUCAUCAUGCAGAUUGCAAAGGAAAGGACACGAAGAAAAUUGCUUUACAGAGCAAAGAGACUAACGUCGUUAACUUCGUACGACUUAUUGUGAUGCGAUUAGUCUUUGGCGUGGCAUCGGCCAUGGGACUUGGUGAAAAUUUGUCUGGUGUCCUGGGUGGAAUUUUUGUACCGCCGGGUACCGAGGAAUAUGACGACUAUGGAGACGACGAUUAUGCUCCUGGACUUUUUUAAGGACAACUUCGUUACUGACUUAAGGUUGCCAGUUAAUAGUUGCCGUUUGUUGCGUAUUGGCGAUUAGGACGAUUCCAAUUUAAUGAAAAAUCAAAUUUCAAUUGUGAUUUAGCUUUGGAUUUUCUAUAUCAAUUGUUUUUACCAGUGUUUCAUGUGUAAAGACUUUUCCGUCAAACUUGUCUAGUCGCUUUAGUUGAAUCUGCGGAUGCGGAAUCGCUCGAAAUCGCUUAUCAACCUGCAACCUUUUUAUCAAUUAAAAUUCGCGAUGAUCGUAUUUGCGACAUCACGAUUACAUGCGGCACUUAUAAUAGUACUAAAAAUUGAUAAACUUAUAAUCUAAUGUGCGAUGCAGUAAUUGUGACAACAUUUUUAGCAUUCAAUGAUAAAAUGUAUAAAUUAUAUAAAUUGGACAAAAGUGACAUUUACAAUUGAGUUUAAAAACCCAUGCAUAGUUUCUGCAUCGCACUGUGGAUUAUGAACAAUUUUUUAUGUGACAUUAAAAGUAUUAUGAUCUGAUACAGGUACCUUCAUUUUGUAGAUAAUUAUAGUCGAUAUUUAUUUGUAUUUAUUUAUUUAUUUGUCUAUUAAUAAUCGCCCAACUGAUCAAACUAUUCUAGAUAUACAAUUAAUGAAAUCCUUUUAUACUAAUUAUUGUUAAUAUAUUUGUAUUAUAGCACGUAAAAAAAUAGACUAAUCUCAUAAAAGAGGUCUUCAUUUUCAUAGAGAUUAUACGCAUUCUUUGUACAAAAGUGUUCUUGGAAUUUUUCUUUUGUAAAAACCAGUCAGAGCUCAAAUAAAGCGUAUAAGGAAA